UUCCAGCCACCUCCAUUGACAAAGUGUUUAAGCUUUUAGCAUACACACUGCGUCACUUGCCAAGCCUGUUACGUAAUUGAAAGUCUGCUCUUUUUUUUUUUGGACUUCCACAGUGGUUCGCGCCCCGCGUCAGCAGGACAGAAUAUGAGGAGAGGGGCUGCCAUAUAAGGGCAAAGCUCCAAUGUCAUCACAGAACUUCCCAUAAUCUUCAGAAGAGACCCUCCCCCACGCAUUGGUGCAAAAUGGGCUCCAGCGGGGAAGACCAACCUCAUGAUGAGUCCACCCAGUACACAGUCAGCUAUUCCCAUGGGAAGAAAAAGACAGAUUACAUGAAAAAGGAAGAGCUCACCAAAAAGAGCACUACGGCCAGAGUAAAACGAGUGGUGUCGUGUAAGAGGAAGACGCGACAUGUGACGGCGGCACGGAAGAAGCCAUCUGGCACAGGCAGGACUCAUGAUGCGGCAAACAGGGAGACAAACAUGACGACAGAUGUUCAGCGGGAGAUGACAGCAGAUAUAAACAAUACAGAGGAGGCUGACUACUUGAAACCAACCGAGCCUACGAGUGAUCACAUCCUAAUAACCGAGGUGCUCCUCGGAAGGAACCUGAGACUCAAAGUGGCCUUCACACUGUGGCAGAGACAUUUUGGAGAGAUGCUAACGUACUUCCUGAGAAUCCAAGACACCGCCGUCUUUGUUGAUAUUCUACCUCUCAUCAUCAAAAGCCUGGAGGAUGAGUCUUCCAGUAUUAGUAUCGGCUUUUGUGUGGACAUGUUCCCCUUGGUUCAGAAUGUUCUCAUCAGGCCAUAUGAAGAGUACGUCAUCGUUGGUUUGAUGUGGCUCCAUUCUGUUGUGAAAAGAUGGAGGCAACAGCUUAAAGCAAGUGGCGGCCCUGGAUCCACUGAGUUUCCUUUUGAUAGAAAUUUUCAGGUCUUCAAUCAGCAGUUGCUGGAGUUAUGGCAUCAGGAGCCUCAACUGAAGUCGAUGCCCGGGGCUGCUGGGGAAUCGGCAAAGGAUAUUGACUCCUUCCUGUCUCAACUUACCUGACGUCCAUCUUUUAAUGUUCUGAUAUUGUGCGGUUUCAUUUGAUAAAGAGUAACAAUUGAUUCAUAAACUGUAUAAUAUAUACGUUAAUACCGUAUUUUCCGGACUAUAAGUCGCACUUUUUUUCAUAGGUUGGGUGUUCCUGCGACUUAUACUCCAGAGCGACUUAUACAUGGUAAUGGUAAUGGUUUAAUUUCAUUUGAACAUGCAUCAGAUUACAAUUUAGUGCAAUUUGUUCACAUCCUGCCUUUCUUAUAUGAUUUAAGUUUUUUUUAAUUUUUAUUUUUAUUUAAUUAAAAAAUAUUUUUUGUUUUUAAUUUUUUAUAUAUUUAAAAAAAAUGUUUUAAUGGUUUUAUUUCAUUUGAACAUGCAUCAGAUUACAAUUGAGAGCAAUUUGUUCACUUCCUGCCUUCCUAAUAUAAUUUAAGUUUUUUUUUUUAAUUAAAAAUAUUUUUUGUUUUUAAUUUUUUAUAUAUUUUUUUAAAUUUUUUUAAUGGUUUUAUUUCAUUUGAACAUGCAUCAGAUUACAAUUGAAUGCAUCACAUAAUCAGUUCACAGUUCCACAUGUCCAAAAGGAGUAGGAAGAAGCAAAGCUUAUUAAAUCCUACCCCUCCAUCUGGUACUUUUACAAUCAGUAAUUGUUACAUUUGUUCACUUCCUGCUUUCAUAAUACAAUAAAAGUUUAAAUUAAAUUAACUUUUAAUUAAAUUAAAUUUUAAUUAAAUUUUAAUUAAAUGUAAUUAAAUGUAAUUCAAUUUAAUUCAAUUUAAUUACAUUUUAAAAAAGGACGUAAUGUCUGUUUUGGUCAAGUAGUUUGUAAAAUAAAUUACCCCCCAAAAAUGCGACACUCCAGUAUGACUUAUGUAUGUUUUUUUCUAACUAAUUAAGUAUUUUUGGCCUUGUGCGACUUACACUCUGGAGCGACUUAUAGUCCAGAAAAUACGGUAUAUAAGUGCAAAGAAAAGUAUAAUUCUGUUGUCCCAGUUUAUGGCCCAUAGUAAUACAUUUUUACAGUGUUCCCAGCAAUAAACAAUAAAAUAGUUAUUGAUGAUUUCAUUAUUCUACAUUAUUUCCUGUCUGUAUAGGAGCUACGCAAACGCCUUGUCCUCGGUUUCG